AUGUCCAGCGGAAAUUUGGAUUCUUGGCUUCACAUUGCAAAUCAUGAACGCAAUCGAAGAAGGUUGAGUCUUAUCCAGAGAUUGGAUAUUGCCAUUGAUAUUGCUAAUGCAUUAGAUUAUCUCCAUAAUCAUUGUGAAACGUCUAUUGUGCAUUGUGAUCUAAAGCCUAGCAAUGUAUUGCUUGACGAUGAUAUGGUGGCCCAUGUUGGAGACUUUGGGUUGGCCAGAUUCAUGUUGGAAGGAAAAAAUCAAUCCUCUUUCACUCAAACGAUGUCACUUGUGUUGAAAGGUUCAAUCGGAUACAUCGCACCAGAGUAUGGUACUGGUAGUAGAGUUUCCACGGAAGGAGAUAUCUUUAGUUUUGGUAUACUGCUGUUGGAAAUGAUUAUUGGAAGAAGGCCUACUGAUGACACAUUUGGUGAUGGUGUGGAUAUUCAUAUGUUCGCAGAAGUGGCAUUGCUUGAUGAUGCUUUGAACAUAGUCGACCCUUACCUGUUAUAUGAAGAAGUAUAG